CCUGCUCCCCCCUCACAGUGUUCUCAUUCUAAUUUUGCUUUCGUCUAUUUAUUUUUUUUUUACGCCAAUGCACAAACACUGCCUGUGAGCAGUAUCACUUGACCUUUUAUCCCAGAACCUUUUUUAUCCUUACAACUUGAUUUCUUGAUUUUUUUUUUUUUUUUUUUUUUUUGUAGUCAUCUCUUUAAUUUUAAGGAACUGCUUUUACCAACCGCUGGACGACAUAUCGGGAAAGUGACUGAGUGGAAUAUGGGGGCAAAAGGACAAGAAAGACAGGAAAGACUAUCAUCCAAACUUUGCACCUCCCUUCUUUACCUCCCACCAUGCUUUUUCCUCUCCUUCCCUCUUUCCUUCCUGCACCCUCCCUUCCUUCAUUUUCAUCUUUUCCUCUCCCACAUUUCAUCUUCUUCUCUGUCCUCCUUUUCCCCUCUCAUUCCUGUCUUGAAAUCUUCUGCUUCUUUCCCAUUCCCAUUUUUACUUCAGUUCCCUCUGUUUUAUUUCAUUCUUUCAUCUCCAUUAUUUUUCCUGUUUUUCUCACCCACUGUCUCCCUUUACUUACUCUUUCAUUCUCUCAACCCCUCCCUUCCUCCCUCCCUCCGUCCCUCUUCCCGAUUUGUCCUUCAGCUCUGUCAGCACUCACUAUCUCGCUCCAUCUCCUUCUCUGGCAGUCUGAUCAGCUGUCUUCCUUCUAACUUUACAUGGCCUGGUGUGGUGCGGAGGGACGGGCAGCUGCCGGCUGACGCAUUUCACUGCCCAGUCAUCACUUCAAAUCGAAUCCUCUUACACAAAGCUCUGUGCUUUUUAUACUGGCCACUAUUUUUGCUCUCUUUUCCACCUGCACGGGGGUCCUGUGAUUUUUUUUUUCUUUCUUCUCUCCUGGUUUUUUUCCCCCUCCUCUUCCUUUUCCCACCCCAUCCAGUAAGAGAGAGAGAGAGAGAGAGGCAAGGCAAGUCCCGUGACCCUCUUCUUUUCUCUCCUCUCCUCUCUUUUCACUCCUCCUCUCCUCCUCCUCUUCUCCUCUCCGCAACCUUAAACUCUCCAUCGCUGAAUCAGCUCCCAGGGAGGAGAGACUCCGCCUGCAGCGACCGCUUCACUCCGCAUGGGCCGUCAUCCCUAUCUGGAUCACCUCUGCUUACGGUCCCAGAUUUGUCUAUUCACUUCCCCCUCCUCCUCCUCCUCCUCCUCCUCCUCCUCCUCCUCCUCCUUCUCCACUCUUGUCACCUUUUGGACCAGACUCGCCCCCUAAAAUGCUUUGCUAAAGCUGGUAAAAUGGAACCAAAUCAACUGUUCAAUGGAUUUGGUCCCCUUCAACCAGCUGUAGCUGUGCAUUGAUCACUCCAAGCACACGCAUGCAGAGAGACAAACAAACGGACAGAGUGGCGGAAAGACUCAAGCUAAUUCACUGGAAAACAGCUUUAAAAUGUAAAACUGAAGCUACAUUAGCUUCCUCGCUGAAACAAUUGGACUGAGACACAGACGCUCACCCAUGGAUAAAUACACAGCAUGCACCACUUACUGUGUGGAUUUAUCUCUAUCGCAGAGAUUACCCAAAAGACAUUGAAGUCAUUUGCGAAAUCUGAAUAAAACAUGCCAGGUAAGUAAUUAUAGAUACUGUAUCUUGGUGAAUUUGUAUUUUUGUUGUGUACUGCUAUAAUUGCAUUGUCCUUUGGAGACUUUUUAUUGUUCUUUGCAGAUUUUUUUGAAGUGUGUGUUUGGUCCAUGGAUUGCCCUAAUGUGAGUUAGUGUUAGUGUGUGUGUGUGUGUGUUGGGGGGGGGGUUAAGGUGGUUGAAGAGCUAUCAUCAGAUACUUUGUAAGAAAAGCACUUGUUCGUAUAUGUAUGUAUAUGUGUGUCUGACUCCUAAUGCACAUGUCUGAUCAAUAAAGCCUCAUCCUGA